AUGAAAUUCUUCUACAAAUCGGAGGAUGAAGAUUUAAAAUUUAUAUGUUCUAUUAUAAAUAAGAAUAUAUUAAUGGAAUUAGCUGAUGAAACUUAUUUAGUUAAAGAUAACAUUAAAUAUGAAGGAGAUGAUUUAGUUAUAUUCUUAUUUGAAUGUGUUAAUAUUAAAGCAGAAAAGCGCUGA